UCCGUAAUUUGAAUGUUUACCGUUCAAGGAAAAGACGAGAAAAUUUCCUACGUGCAUGCCAAUUCAAUUCCACGCAAAUUUCUUAUAUGUAGUCAUAAUUUGAUAAACGAUGUUUGUUCACAUUUUGUUUUCUUAUUAUUCAUACCUCCUUAAAAUUAACUUGUUAUACAAUCAAUUCAAUGAAAGAAACAAACUUCACUCACAAUGAUCUUAUAAGCAAUUUGCCAAUAGAUUUGAUUUACAAGAUAGUUUCUUCCCUUCCUUAUUCAUCUGCCGCAACAACGCAAUUAUUAUCCAAGCCAUGGAGUCGCUUAUGGGAUAAUGUACUAGUUCGACAUGAAACUAUCGAUGAUUUAUCAACUGCGAUUUCAACCUUUAUUCAACAUGUUGACGACUGCAAACCCUUCAUCCAUCCUUGGAAACUCUUUUAUAAAUUCGGUCCAAAAAGUUUCGUUUUAGCAACCGUGUUAGGAAACUUUCAACUUCAUUUACAUUUUUCUAAACUAACUAAAAAAUCAACAACCUUUUUCCACUUAAGUUUCAAACCAAGUAAUAAUACCCAAUUAUUACUCAAUACACCUUGUUCACCCCUUACUAAUAAUAAUACGUCGACGUUUCAUGUCAAAAUUCUCCAUUUGAAAUCCGUGAGUUAUUCAACAACGGAAACUAUUGCAUCGUUGGCAACAACAAGUUUCCGAUUUGUAGAGAGUUUGUGUAUCGAGGAGUGUAAGGGGUUACACUCCUUGAAUGUUGCUAGUACGGAGUUGAAGAAGUUGACCAUUUUAAAAUGCUUUGAGUUAAGUAGUCUUCAUUUGAAUACUCCUAAACUUGAAUGUUUUUAUUUUAAAGGGAGUCGUCCAUGGAUUUUGGCUAAGGGACUCAAAUAUGAGUUAAAAGAUGUGAUGCUCGAUUUUAGGAGAGGUGCUCGUUCUAAGCAUCUUGGAUGUUCUCCUACGUUACUUUUAUCGUCUUUGAUCAACAUAUCGAUUGCAACUAUUUGUCGAUGGAGCUACCAUGAAAUCAAAACAUCCGGGCAAUAUUUAAGUUGUGACAAGUUCAAAUUGUAUCAUUUGAAGGAGUUAUGGUGGAUUGAUAGGCAAAUUGAUGAACAAUCAAUCAAAAUGUUAUUAUCUUUCUUAAGUUUAACCCCCUCUCUUGAAAAACUCUUUAUCACAAUCGACCUCAAAAGCUACAAUUUUCAGAGGAUGUCAAAGUGUAAUAGUAGAACAGAAACAAGACUGGUGAAUUUGAAAAUUGUGAAGAUUAAUGGGUGCAACAACGAAAUGGAGGAAAAUAUGUUGGUUGAAUCUUUACUUGGUGCAACUACGUCACAACCAUUAAUUAUUUCUAAAUUACAAAACAAAAUAUUUGAAGUUGAUCAAGGCUUGCUACAACUCCAACACCCUCACAUGAAAUUCUAACCAACAUAAUUAACGAUCCUUAAUUUGGCUUUGUAAAUAUAGUGACAAUAGUGUACAUAUAUUUGUAUCAAAUCAUGUUUCUUGAAGCAAAGAAGCUUGGAUAACUUUUGCGACGUGACAGGAUAGUCAGGUUCAUAUGAUAUUUGUAUGUAUAAAAUGUUCCGGUGUUGCCGUGUUGAAACAAUGGGCUUCGUAUGAAGGCCCUUUCGGACAAAGUUACUAGCAUUGGGGGUGUUUCCGAGGAAAGUCCCUCCGAUGCCUAAGUAAGAACGAUGCUCGGAAUCUAGAGAAAAGUUCUCUAGAGAGUAGCCUUAAGGCGGUAAAUUGGACGUAUCUUGAGGUGCGAGCCUUGACGGCUUAUUUAUAGUGUUUGUGUAAUAAAUGCCCAUAGGUCAUUUAUUGCUAUUGGACCUUAGGCCUUUGUUGGUGGCUGACCAGCCAUGUUGAGUAGAAAUGGGUUUGAUGUUAUUGUAUUGAGCCAUUGGGCUUUGGACUUAGUGACCAAAUUAGUGUUCAAUUGGGAGCCCAAACACAAAA